UUUUUUUUAAAGCUUAGAAUUUUUUUAAUGAAAUCAAACAGGUUUAUAAUUUCAAGUUUAUUUUUGUUUGGUUUUUGUUUAUUUCUCAGCUUUUCAUUUUUGUCAAUUUUUACUGGAGCUUCAACAUAUUCAUGCAAAUCGCCUACUGGAGCUGAUGUUGACUGGUUCGUAGCUUACAAAUUACCCAAUUCAAUUUCUAAUGGAACAUCCUUUCUCUAUGCGGAUUCAAAAAAUGGAGAAGAUUGGACUUUAUCCAAAGCUAAUAUUGAAGAUGAAACUUCAGCUAUUGGUAGAACAAUACUUCAAAUAUUUGAGGCUAAAAAGGCGAAGACUGAUUUAAUUGCUUUGUAUAAUGAUGAAAAUCCAAAUGAUGGAAAAACUGAUUCUGGACGAGCACAUAUGAAGGUUUAUAUAAAUUAUUAAAACGGUUAGAUUUUGCGGAACAAACAUCUCUCCUGGGAGCGUUUUUCCUGGAGGAACAUCUUUCAAUCACAAACAUCUUUCCUGG